UCACACAAUUAACGGAGUUCAUCCCUUCCUUGUUUGGAAGUUUUCCUUUUUGAUAGAAAGGAAUAAAAGAAAAGGAAAGAAAUACUCCAUGUAGCAAGGAAGGACCGUUUAGCAAAAAAUCGAGACAAGUUAGGCUCCAUAAUCCGUCCUCAAAUUCGCCAAUGCAGAUCAAUUCCCACUCCAAAAACCCUUGCUAGAAUUUUUUUUCUUCAACAUUGAGAAUCUAUUUCAGAAAUGUAUGCAGACGACAUGGAGCAGCUGAUUUAGGAUUUUAUGGCCAAUAUUCACACGUUGGUGCCCAGUGUAAAUAACAUAUACUUCUACAGUGAAACUGGAAACAAGUUCUGCUGUUACAAUGCGGGCGAUACUCUAACUUGGCGGCGGAACUACGACGCGAAGAAGAAAUGCAGCGGUUGUGAUUUUCACAGUGGCUGCGGAGCUAGGGAUCCGGCGGUUGGCCGCUCAUGGAGAUUGUGUGCUGCCACGGACCUUCGUGUCGUUCAGGAUAGUCCUAAUAAAAGUAUCAAUGCUCCGAAUCAGGUUCCGCUUAUUGAAAUCCCCGUCACUUGCUACCAGCUUAUUGGGGUUCAUGAUCAAGCAGAGAAAGAUGAAAUUGUUAAGUCAGUGAUGCAUCUAAAAAAUGCAGAGAUUGAAGAGGGAUACACCAAGGAUGCUGUUUUGUCUCGCCGGGAUGUUUUGAUGGAUGUAAGAGACAAACUCCUUUUUGAACCAGAAUAUGCUGGAAAUUUCAAAGAGAAGCAGCCGCCUAAAUCUUCUCUCAAGAUUCCCUGGACUUGGUUGCCUGGUGCUUUAUGCCUUCUUCAGGAGGUCGGUGAAGAGAAGCUUGUGCUAGAAAUUGGGCGAAGAGCUCUGCAGCAUCCUGAAUCAAAGCCAUUUGUUCACGAUUUGCUUCUAUCUAUGGCCCUAGCAGAGUGUGCAAUUGCCAAAGUUGGAUUUGAGAAGAACAAUAUAUCUCAAGGAUUUGAAGCUCUUGCCCGUGCUCAGUGUCUUCUGAGGAGCAAGAUAUCUCUCGGGAAGAUGAUGUUGUUGUCUCAGAUAGAAGAAUCAUUGGAGGAGCUUGCUCCUGCUUGCACAUUGGAUCUUUUGGGCAUGCCCCAUACGCCUGAAAAUGCAGAGCGAAGAAUUGGAGCAAUUGCAGCUUUGCGUGAAUUGUUGAGACAAGGCCUGGAUGUUGAAACUUCAUGUCAAGUUCAAGACUGGGCUUGUUUUCUGAAUCAAGCACUCAAAAAGCUAUUGGCUACAGAAAUAGUGGAACUCGUUCCAUGGGAUAGCUUAGCUAUUAUCAGAAAGAACAAAAAGUCACUUGAGGCACAGAAUCAAAGGGUUGUCAUUGAUUUCAGUAGCUUCUACGUAGUUAUGUUAGCUCAUAUUGCCCUUGGAGUUUCAAGCAAACAAAUAGAUCUGAUUAACAAAGCAAGGUCAAUUUGUGAGUGCUUAAUAGCUUCAGAAGGCAUUGACUUGAAAUUUGAGGAGGCCUUUUGUGCUUUCCUUCUUGGGCAGGGUGAUGAAGCUACAGCUAUUGAAAGGUUAAGACAGCUCGAACUGAAUUCUGCUCCUAGUUCUCAGAAAUCACUGCAAAUGAAAGAAACUAAAGAAGUUUCAAGUGCCAAUAAACCAUUGGAAACAUGGUUGAAAGAUGCUGUUCUUGGCAUGUUUCCAGAUACUUGCGAUUGUACCCCAUCCUUGGCUGAUUUUUUCAUUGGAGACAAAAGAGCUUCUGGAAAAAGACAGUACAAAAGAUCUUCUCCAGCAUUAUCCGACAUAAGGCACAGAUCACUUUCUGUUGCUCUUCCAAUGGAUCGAAGAGAUGAAGAGUCAGGUUCUUUAACAGAAACUUCACGACAUCUUGGGCCAGCUGUCAAGCAGCUCACUCCUCCUAACCUGCAAAGUCCACUGAUAGAGGGCAAGGCCAUGGCUGGAAGCAAUGUUAGCACACCCUCAAUUCAAUUGAAGAGAACAUUAGGUUCCAAGCAGGGUGGAGUGUGGACUAUGUGGUUGGACUUCGGUGAUGUGAUUGGUAAGAUGGUAUAUGCUGCUGCAUUAGGCUGCAUCUCGGUUGCCCUGUUUAAGCUAGUAAAGUCGCAACGGUUGAGACUGGGAAAUGGAUCUAGAUGGAGGAUGUAUGAACAAAGAAUUGCUACAAGCUCUCCUAUCCUGAAAAAUUCUUCUACAGAUUUUAGUUUCAGACAUGCGAAAACUAAGCAAAAUGGUAUCAUGAGACAAAUCCAGAAAGCCUUUUCUCUUGUUACCAUGCAGUCUAGGGACCAUCCAGAAUCUGCAGACCUGCAAACAGCUUCUCCCUCUUCUUCGAUAUCAUCAACAUAUAGGUUUCCAAUGCCGGUUGAUGAUGCUGAGGCUCUUGUCAAACAGUGGCAAGCAAUUAAAGCUGAAGCACUUGGGCCUAACCACAACAUACGCGGGCUUGGUGAAAUACUUGACGGACCAAUGCUUGAGCAGUGGCAAGUGUUGGCUGAUACUGCCGAAGCAAGGGCAUGCUAUUGGAGAUUUGUUUUGCUACACUUGAAAAUUGUACAUGCGGAGAUUUUGAAAGAUGGGGUUGGUGGGGAGAUGGCGGACAUAGAAGUACAUUUGGAGGAGGCCGCUGAACUGGUGGAUGAGUCCCAGCCUAAAAACCCAACUUACUACAGCCCUUAUAAGAUCCGUUAUCUCCUGAAGCGGCAAGACAAUGGAUCAUGGAGGUUCUAUGAAGGUGAUAUUCUAACUCCGUCAUGAACUUUGGUCGGAGCUGACUGCUGCCGUGUGUAGUUCUCAUCAACAGAUGCUCCUCAUCCACGCCAAAGCUGACUCUGAAUUUGACGGAAAACUGAGGAGCAUCGACAUUGUCAUCGGCAUUGUGCUCCCCUCCUUCCUAUAAAGCUUGUGAAUUUAGCAGAGCUAGUUAGGGUAUUCCAUUUAUUUGUUCUUACAUUGCCAUCAGUCUUAACCAGAAGCAGCUAGUUAUUAUAGGAGUUUGAGGUUUGUGGCCGGGCUUGAAAUUGUAUCUAAUUCCAUUAUCUAUUUAUUUGGUAAAUUGGGCCAUUAUUUGCUACA